AUGGCGGGUUCAAGGAAAGAAAAACGGCAAUCAUCACCAAAUCAAGAUGCUGAGUUAGAAACGUUAAGGCAUCAACGAAAUACAAUUAAAAAUAAUAUAAUGCGAAUUAAAAAGGGUAUUGAAGAAAAAACAAUGUCUUCAAAUCCGAUUGAGUUGGAAUGUCGAUUGGAUCUUUUAAAAUCUUAUAUUGACCAAUUAAUGGCUUGUCAGUCCAACAUUGAAUCAGCUGAUCGAAGCGAUGAUUCCCGCGGUGAAUUGGAAGACAUUUGUGUUAGUGCCAAAGCACUUCUGCUUUCAUUGGUGAAUAAAAGAAAUAAUUCUACUGCUAUUGCUGAUUUUACUUUUAGCAAUCCUCACCAUUCACGACUUCCGAAAAUGUCUUUGCCAAAGUUCAGCGGAAAAUAUUCCGAAUAUAAAAAUUUUAUAAGCUUAUUCGAAAAUUUAGUCGACAAUGAUCCUAUGCUCCCAGAUAUUGAAAAAUUUAAUCAUUUGAUCUCGUGCUUAUCUGGUGAAGCAUUAGGAACUGUGAAAGCUUUCCAAAUCACUGAACAAAAUUAUCCGAAAGCGUUGGCAAGUCUUAAGAAAGUUUAUGACAACAAUUGCCUUAUAUUUUUCGAUAAUGUAUCAACACUUUUCGAAUUAAAAGAAAUUUCAAAGCCAUCUGCUUCUGCAUUGCGCAGUAUGAUAGAUACAGUAUCUGCAAUUUAUGAUUCGCUUCUUUCACUUGGUGAUGAAAAGAACAUUACAAAUGCGAUCAUAAUUCAUCUAGUAAUGUCAAAAGUUGACUCAAUUACGAGAUCAAAAUGGGAAGAGCAAUUGGAUUUCAGUACGCUUCCUUUAUGGAGUGACUGUGAAACUGCUCUUAAUAAACGAUAUCAGCAUCUUUCCGCUGAAGAAGCAUCUUCUUCAAAACAAAAGGUAUCGGAAAGGCAAUUGAAAACAAAACACGAUUCAAGUCAUAGCAAAAAUCAAAAAGCAUCAUUCGCUUGUGUUAAUCCACAGCCACAAAAAUCCAACUCCAACUGCUUGUUUUGCAAAUCGAAUGAUCAUUUUAUAACUUCAUGCCAAAGCUUCGCUUCGAUUCCAGUGAUGCAAAGAUUUGAGUUUGCGAAAAGUGUUCCUGUUUGCAUCAAUUGCCUUCGAAAGGGACACACAGUUUCAAAAUGCAAACUCAGUCGAUGCUCAGUUUGCAAUCGCUCGCACCACACCUUGCUGCAUCAGUACCAAACAACUUUCAAUAGUUCACCGGCACAAGGAUCAACAAGCUUUCAAGCGAUGCAUGCUUCUGUUUCGGCUGAUCAAGUUCUUCUUGCCACUGCAAUUGUGCAAAUAAAAAGCAGUUCUGGCGAAUUUAUUCCAGCUAGAGCCUUACUUGAUUCUGGCUCCCAAGUGAAUUUUAUAACCGAAGAACUUUCCCAAAGGUUAAGGCUUCGAAAAGAAGAAAGGUCACUUAAUUUAAUUGGCAUUGGAAAAGCGAACACUACCGUACAUAAAAAGGUGCAUGCUGUAGUAAAAUCAAGGCUGAAUGAUCAUUCGUUUUCAGCUGAUUAUUGGGUUAUGAGUUCCAUAUCGUCAUACCAACCGGAUCAUGCUAUAAACAUUACGAAGUGGAACAUUCCUUCGAAUAUUCAGCUAGCUGAUCCACAUUUUCAUAAGCCCCAAAAAAUUGACUUGCUAAUCGGAGCAGAACCAUUUUUCGAACUGUUGUCUGUUGGUCAAAUAAAACAAGGACCUCAAUAUCCAACCAUUCAAAAAACUCUUCUUGGUUGGAUAGUAUCAGGAAAAUGUCCUAAAGAUACAAAUUCAAAUACCAAACAAUGCAAUUUGGUAUGCCAGUCUGAAACAUUACUAGACUUAGAAAAAUUAGUACAAAAAUUCUGGCUUCUUGAAGAAAUUCCUGGAGAAACAAAAAAGUUUCUAACGCCAGAACAACAAUUAUGUGAAAAACACUUUGUUGAAAAUACUCAACUUUUGCCGACAGGUCGUUUUGAGGUAAAACUACCAUUCAAAUCACCCCCAAACUCGCUUGGACUAUCAUUCGAAAAUGCCAAACGAAGGUUUCUCGCUCUAGAGCGAAAGUUAUUUAAGGAUAGCGAGCUAAGAACCAUGUAUAUGGAUUUCAUGAAUGAAUAUGUUUCGUUGGGACAUAUGUCUCCAACUAACAAUGAAAUUCCAAAAAGCCCGCACUAUUUCAUUCCACAUCAGUGUGUUUUGCGUCCUCAAAGCACGAGCACAAAACUGCGAGUUGUGUUCGACGCUUCGAGCCGAACAUCAUCUCAGCUAUCACUGAAUGACAUCUUGAUGGUUGGGGCAACCAUUCAAGAGGAGCUGUUCUCGACGUUGCUCCGUUUUCGUUUACAUAGAUAUGCUAUUACAGCGGACAUUACGAAAAUGUAUCGGCAAGUUCUCGUUGCUGAAGAGCACUCGAUUUACCAGCUCAUAGUGUGGAGGCAGCAUCCGUCCCAACCAUUGCAACAUUACCGUUUAAAUACUGUAACGUAUGGCACUUCUCCAGCGCCAUUUUUAGCGAUACGGUGUUUGAAAAUGUUGGGCGAUGCUAAUGAACAAUCAUUCCCCACAGGGUCGAAUGUGUUAAGAAGAGAUUUUUACGUCGAUGAUCUCUUGACUGGUGCCAAUGACUUUGAAACUUUAAAAACAAUAAAAAACGAAACACAAGAAGUCCUUAGAAAAGGCGGGUUUCAAUUGGCGAAAUGGUUUUCGAACCAUCCAGAGUUUUACAAUAUAGAGAGUACUGAAAAAUCAAUAAAUUUCAAUGAUUCAGACUCUACAAAAACUCUAGGAAUUUGUUGGCAUCCAAAAGAAGAUAUGUUUAGCUUCAAUUUGGAUGAUAAUUUCCAUGAUCUACGAGCUACCAAAAGAAAUAUACUUUCAGUUUCCGCUCGUCUUUUUGAUCCUCUUGGUUUGUUAUGCCCCAUAGUAACCAAAGCAAAAAUCUUACUUCAAGAGCUUUGGAUUGCAAAAAUUGAUUGGGAUGAGUCGAUUCCGUUGCGCCUUGAUACAAGUUGGCAAAAUUUUAAAACCAAUUUAUCUCAACUUGGCGAGAUAAAAAUUCCGAGGUUUGUCGAAACUCAUUCGAACGCAGAAAUACAAGUUCAUGGGUUUGCCGAUGCAUCCAUGAGAGCUUACGGUUGUUGUAUUUACAUCCGAAGCCAGAGCACGGCCGGUAUCAAGUCGACGCUACUAACAGCAAAGUCUAAGGUGGCCCCUUUGAAAACCAAAUCGCUUCCGCGAUUAGAACUUUGCGCAGCGCAUACUCUUGCAAAGUUAUGGACAAGAGUAGAGGCAAUGUUGAAUCUUGACGUUAAACAAGUGGUAUUUUGGACCGAUUCCGAAAUUACCCUGCAUUGGAUAAAAACACAUCCAACUGCACUUGCAACCUUCGUUGCAAACCGAGUGUCCGACAUCCAAGAGUGGACUCCAAAAGUAUUAUGGAAACAUGUACCAACAAAACAAAAUCCAGCAGACAUUGUUUCAAGAGGCUGUAAUGUAGAUGAACUUAACUCAUCGAUCUGGUUCAAAGGUCCACAGUUCUUAUUGCAAGAACCGUCAUCGUGGCCGGUGAAUUUGCAUUUUGAGUUGUCUCCAGAAGAUGAAGCCCUUGAAAAGCGUAAAACAAACAUGGCUCUUAUAGCGGUAGAAAAACCUCGGUCAAAACUAUUGCAGUACAUUGAAGAAGAAUCUUCAUAUAUUGACCUAACGAUUACAGUUGCAUAUUUAAUGCGUUUUUUAAAAGGAUUCAAAAAUAAAGCAGAAAUGUUAGAAGAAUCGCCAACGGCAAAAGAACUUAAUUUAGCUUUUCUAAAAAUAGUAGAAAUUAUUCAAAAUUAUGAAUUUCCAGAUGAGAUUCAGAAACUUAAAAAGAAAGUUGUAUUACAAGAUAGUUUACAAAAACUCAAUCCCUUUAUUCACGAAUUUCAAGACGAAAAUACUUCAUUUUCGCUGAUUCGCGUAGGAGGUCGCCUAUUAAAUGCACCAAUAGAAUAUGAUUCCAAGUUUCCUCUUUUGUUAUCUAAAAAUUCACCAUUUGUAAAAACGUACUUAACGUACUUACAUCGGAAAAAUUACCAUGCUGGACCUCAAGCUAUGGUAGCAUUGCUUCGCGAAAAGAUUUGGCUAGUAAAUGCCAAAGAAGCAUGCCAAAAGAUUGUGCGUAAAUGUAUAAAUUGUUUCAAAUAUAAGCCGAAAUUGCUCACACAAAUAAUGGGUAAUCUCCCACAGGAUCGUUUGCGAGCGCAACGACCGUUUUUAGUAUGUGGCGUAGAUUUUUGUGGACCGGUGUAUACCACUUUAAAAAUUCGUGGUCGGCCACCCAAUAAGACGUAUAUUUGUGUUUUUGUUUAUCUCUCGCCGAGGAGUUCCGAAGACGAUACACUGCGACAACGGCACAAACUUCGUGGGAGCUCAACGAAUUCUGAGGGAAGUCCGAGAAGAGUUCGAAAGCGGACAGGAAGCAGUGAACAGGUACGCGGCAGAGGAGGGCUUCAGCUUCGCCUUGAUACCGCCCAGGGCACCGCAUUUCGGAGGCCUAUGGGAAGCAGCGGUGAAGUCGGCAAAAAUGCAGUUGCAACGUACCGUGGGCAACGCUCUGCUCACAACAGAAGAGCUGCAAACCGUGCUCGUCGAGGUCGAGGCGAUUCUCAAUUCGAGACCAAUCGCUCCGCUAAGCAGCGAUCCCAACGACGGCGAGGCACUUACUCCAGCACACCUGUUGAUAGGCAGCACUUUACGGUCGCUCCCACCAGAAAGAGUACCGGAACAGCAAACGGGUUGCUUGAAAAGCUGGCAAACUCUAUGCUGGCUCAAGCAGCAGUUCUGGCGGAAGUGGUCCAAGGAGUAUCUGCUUGGCCUUCAAGCUCGCUCCAAAUGGAUACGCGACCAGCCCAAUCUAGUCGUGGGCAAAUUGGUGCUAAUCCACGAAGACAACGCUCCUCCACAGCAAUGGCUAAUGGGACGAGUAGUGGCGGUCGUAGAAGGGGAGGACGGAAAGGUCAGGGUCGCCGACGUCAAAACGGCAACUGGGCUGCUCAGACGACCAAUCGUCAAACUGGCCGUCGUGCCGAAUGA